UCUUCAAACAAUGCAAGUUUCGUGCUAUUGCUUACACGAAGUUGGUAUUUUUAAAUCAAUCGUUGACCAAAAUGUUCGCAUGAAAUGGCAACAAAAAAUAAAAUUAAGAUUAUGGAAGUACUUUCAACUUUAGUGGAUGAGAAGAACAAUGACGACACAUCUGAAAAAAGUGCUGACAAUAUUUCAUGCAACCCACGAAGUCGAGACUCGUUCCUGGAGAGAGUGAAAACAUUCACAUCAACGAAUUGGGCUGCAAAACCAUUUGAAUUAUCUCCACUGCGAUGUGCACAAUAUGGUUGGUGCAACGACCAUCCUGAUCAGUUACGUUGUGUAACAUGCAAUGCAAAGAUAUAUGCUGGAUUUCCUGAUGAUUGGGAUUCUUCUGCGUAUGCUGAAAUUUGCACGAAACUGCAGAAUGAACUUCAGAUAGGCCAUGAAAAGCUUUGUCCAUGGCCCCAAAAUCCUUGCCCGCCAUCCUUUUUAUCAUUGCCUUCACAUUCUGUAGAGCAAUGGAAGCAAAUUGUGAAAGGAGCUUUCAAUAACCUUGUUGAAUUGAGGAGUUACCUACCAGAAUUAAAUGAAGACGAGAUAGCUUCUAUGAAAGUACUUAAUAACAGCUGUAUUGAAGAAUUGUUAUCAAAUAUUUUUAAAUAUGGUGGAGAUCAUGAUGACGAGGCGUUGCAAGGAAAGGUGGCAUGUAUUUUAGCUGUUACCGGAUGGACGGCGAGCAUGCCGAUCGUCGAGGAUCCUUCUUUGACUUGCACCACAUGUGGAAUGGAAGUUGGUCUUUGGAACUACAAAUCCCUGUCACACCGAUCGCAACAGAAGCGACAUAAGCAUGUCGCCGAAAGCAUUGGUGCCAUUUCACAACAAUCCCUUGGCGAUUACCCGGAUGUUAUGUCUUCUAGUGUUUCAGUAAAAUCCGAGAAAUCCGAAAACAGUGCACACUCUGGUAGCAUGACGCAUGAAUUGUCGAAGCUAGCUACGAGCAGCGAUUCACUCGCGCAGUCAGACUUGCUGAAGCCUGCUGGAUCACAAGAAUCGCUGAUAAAUCUCCGUGUAUCUGACUCGAAAAACAUGGUCGUGGACUCGAUUGACAAUCAAGAAGUGGACGAUCUGAGUCAAGAUGAUAAUAAACAUCAAAACAAAUCGUUGUUUUCAGAACCUCGAUUGCCUCAUGCUACUCCACCGGAGUUGAUGAAAGAGUUAUUAUUAAGCACAGCGCCAGGAAGCGGUCGAAGUCACUCGAUAUACAGUGAUUCCAUAUUUAGUGAGGUUGGUUCCGAAUGUUUUGAAAAAAGACUCGAAGACACGAAUGAUCGAGACAUUGAAUACGAUAAAGCAAUUUCGGAGAAUCCACCAACCAGUCACCCGAACCACGUGCAACAACAAUGGAUGAAAGAAUUAUUGUUCAUGACAGCCGAAACAAAAUCACCUUCUGUUAACGAGUCGAUUAUCAGUGAGAUCGGCUCCGUGUCUUUCGACCGUCGCCUAGACAACAGUUCUGUUAUUAAUUCACCACGCUCCAUGACGCCUGUUCAUCGCGUGGACGGUCUGGAAGAUGGCGAACCAGUCAGAACAAAACGCAUGCGCUUUCAGGACCCUGACAUAUUAUCCUUCAGCAUACUAGAAGAACACAGACAUUGGUGUCCAUGGAUCGCGUAUGCGCGUGUGGAUGACUUCGACGUGACGAUCACGGACAGGAACAACUCUUCACCGAAUAUGCAGAAGAUUAUGCCGGGAUGGAAAAUCGUGUUGUUUAACCUUUUACCAUCAAUAAGAAAUGAAUUAAAAAAGAUUUCGACUCCACCACCGGCAGAGGCCUGGAGAACAGUACGUAACGUUCUUGGUGAUUGUGUUUCAACAUCACCGUCGAAAUAGCUUUGCAGGAUGAUGGCCUACCCUGUACGUACACCGAAAUGAUGCACCUGCUGUUCACCUGUACAGAGUUGGAGUGUGCACGCCGCACUCUGUGCAAGAUCCAGCUUUGUUCGCAAGAAAAUAUCUACAUAGUUCAACAUUUUUGGGAUUGGUCCAAGCUUGCAAAGGAUGUUAAAAUUUGAUUAUUUAUUUUUAUUGCUUUAUCAUUAUUCAAGUGAUUGACUUUCGAAUGCGUGUCUAAAAAAUACAUAUAUACUUGGAGUAGCAUAUAUAAGGAGCAUAUAUAUGAAGCAUAUAUAUAUAUGCUUCAUAUAUAUAUGAAGCAUAUAUCUAGAGCCCAUAUAUAAUUCUAGUUUUGAAGCGUUCCCAAACCUAACUUUCUUGAGACAUGGCGAAACUAUAUCAAAUAUAAAUAUUCUCUAAGUGUGAGUUUGUUCAUCGUAAUUUAUGGCUUACAACACAAAUGUUAAAUACGAUGAAUAUUUUGAUAUUUCACUGCCAUUUUAAGGUUGUCGUUUUAUUAGUAUGAAAUCGAAUUGACUAAAAAAAAUUUUUUUGUAAGGAGUUAUUUGAUCAAAGCUAAUAUUAUUUCAAGAAAUCCUUAAUGUCGAGCUUGGUGAUGAAUUUUAAAGACCGACUCUGUUAUUCGUUCUGUUAUAAUUUACGAAUUAAAAAAUUUAUUUUUGAAAUUUCUAGUAAGUUAUAGGUAGCUGCUAUGUUUUCUGAAGAUACGUUGUAAACAGUUGAGACUGGGUACAAAAAAACACGCAGUAAAAUUUGUAACGCUUGUGUAAAUGAAGUUUAUUGAUUGGUUUUCUUUUUUUUUUUUCGUUUUUCGUUUUACUUCGUGAAUUCUUUUGUUCACUGUACUGGUUAACAUUACUUUCUUUUUUUUUUUUCAUCUCUUCCGUGGUAAAAAUUUAUGACUCCGAUGAACGUUUUUACUACCACUAACAGACAUUGUUCUCGUUCCGGUUCAAAAAGCAGUUAACCAACCUUGUUUUUUUUUGAAGUAUGAAACAAUUCAAGUCAGACAAAAAAUAAAUAAAUCUAUUUUUGUUUUCUACCACGAUUAUUUUUAUCUUUUCCCUCAUAUUUUUGGCGCGAAAACUAAAUUUCUUUUUAUUGUAUUAUUUGUUUAUUCAUUUACUAUAAUUCAAUUAUUUUAACCAACUUCAUGAAGAGCACAAAAUUUAUCUCCGAAA